AUGCACCCAAUACCCGGCGUGUGUACACGGGGUGAGUGGUGUGUGGGCAUGUGUGUGUGCAUGUACCGGGGAAUGAAGGUGAACACAUCUGUGCGUGCAUUGAAAACACGUUCCGGUGUGUCCACGUGUGUGCAUGAGUCCGUGUGUGUGUGUGUGUGUGUGUGUGUGUGUGUGUGUGGUGGGGGCUCUAACUGCACUUUUGGUCUCCUUGCUCCAGGGGCCCCACAAGGCCCAGGGUGGCCACCUGCCCCCGAAUCCUGCGCGCUGACAGUGCCUUGGCCUGUCUGUUUGCAGGACAGCAAGAGCACUUCUGUCGUCUUAAAGGUUUUUCUGAUUGAAGCUUUAACGGAGCGUUAUUUAUUUAUCAAGGUCUCUUUGGCAAGCCUGGGGCACCAGCAAAGGGUAGGAAGGAUGUGGGGCUUAUGUCCCAACUCCUUAUACCCCUGA